AUGGCGGCCACUUGUUGCUCUGUUGACCUUGGAGAAAAGUUAUUCUGCUCUUUAAACCAGGCCUUUAUCGUGGAUCCUGAAAUGUAAGUCAUUGAACUUAUGUUUUUCCUCCUCGUUUUUUUCAUACUAUGAAUUGAAUGUUUUAAGAUGUGGGUAGAUUUCCGAGUGACCUUUGGUAGUAUGAAGUUAUACAUGUUCUUUUUCAUUUCAUCACUUGAAUAACACGUCACUGAACGUGUCUCUACAUGUAUUCAUGCGCGCUUUCUGGGGUUUAAAAUUAUUUUAGCCUUUUAUCUUACUGAAACGUAAAAAGAAUCAUAGCCGAGAAAAGGGCCGCCAUAGUUUGUCAUUAUUUUUAACUUAACUUUAUUAUUCCAUCGUUCAUAUAGUACAAACUCAGUAAAGCCAAAGCCGGGAGCUUAUACGGCCUGUGGUCAGAAUGACAGAAAUUAUUUUAUAUAGAAAUGAAGACUGUAGGCUAAACUAUAACUAUUAUUAUUUUUAGGUUUUCCCAAUAAGUAGCAUACCUACAAUUUUACCUUGAUGUUUUAUUAAUACUACAAAAACACCCAAGGAAGUUACAUGGCCAGUUUUCAUUAGAGACUCUAACAUACAAAGUCUCCAUAUACAGAUAUGGGUAAAUUACCUGUACCCGACUGGCUGUAAAUACUGGUAGAUUGCCUCUUACCCAAGAGAAACGGUUAGGCUAUCUGUUGGACCUGUGAUACCAUUACCACAUCUGGUAAACUAUGGUUGCCCUUUAUAUAGCUAUGUGAAAAACAUAUUUGUUUAUCCGUACCCAUACGGUAAGAAAGGGUGUAUUUUAAGGUCCCUUUUUUGCCACUAUCCAAACUUGAAGGAAUUCUGAAAUUCAGGCUAGCUCCUAAUUUCAUAUGCUUUUUUUUUUUCAGUGAUGAAAUUGACAUCAUACCAUGUAUGCACUGUCAAGAGGAACACAAUAAUGAGAAAGAAGAUCCAUUUAUUAUUGUCAGCCAUAAGCUUGGGAUCAAGUCAUGGUGUAUUAAACCUCUUUUUCUGUUUGCUUAUAACAAGCUUAUUAGGAGUCGUAUUAAAGGCAAGAAGGACUGUAACUUAUCAGGUGAUUUUUUUUUUAUUUCUGAGGCAUAAUACUUGUACAUUUUACUCCAAAAUAGUGGCAUACUUAGUUUUGUUUUCAUCUUACGUUGGAAUAAAUUCUUACAUUUUUCUGCUUGUUUUUGAAGCAUUAUGGAAGUUGUUUUCUUUGUAAUAAAUCAUCAAAUGACAAAUUGCAUUCCAUUUUUAGUCACAGAAUCUGUUCAACUGAGUAGAGCUGUUCUGUUGGUGAAUGCUGAGUGUUAUACAGCUUGGAACGCAAGGUAGGAUACUGAUUAGCCUUGAGCUACAGACUGUAGUAGCACAUCCCACCAUGCUAGUGUAAUCUUUAUCACAAGCUUUUUUUUUUUUUUUUUUUUUUAAAGAAAAAGGCUUCCUUGUUUAUUUGUUUUUGAUUGCCUUAAAAGGCAAUGUUUGUAGUCCUUUCAAAGAUUAUUUUAAUCUUUUAAUCCACGAUGUUAAUACGAGGAACAGCGGGACCACCAUUGCUUUGCCGAAAGUGAAACUUGACUUUGCUCGAAAAAGUUUUUACUUUUUAGGCGCUUCAGCUUUUAAUUCUUUACCUUUAAAAAUCAAGCAAAUUAGCUGUAGGAUACUAUUUAGGGAGUCUUUAGAUCAAUUUUUUGUAUAGUGUAGUUAGUUAGUUGCGUAGUCAUUCUUAUCUUAUUUUAGUUUUUAUCCUUAUAUUAUGUUACUAUGACAGGACCCCUUUGAUAACAGUGCUCUUGCACUGAAGGGCUAUCCUGUAUAAAUAUUCGUUAUUAUUAUUAUUAUUAUUAUUUGAAAGUCAAACCAAAGUUUUUUUUUACCCGUUAAGAGAUACCAAUUAUUUUUAACUUUUAGACAAGGUCUGGGCUUAGCUUGACCAUUGCCAAUUUCCUUUUUUAUGUAGUCACCUCAAGAUAUCACACAAUUUUCCCUGAUGACCUGCCUCAACUUGCAACAUUUCUUUACUUCCAUUUGAAUGACUAAAGUUAUUUUGGAUUUACAUGUCUUAUUACUCAGUGAGCUUAUUUAUAAUUUAUUAAUUUGUUCACUCUCUGACUCACUCACUCACUCAUUUAUUCAUUCAUUCAUUCAGUCACUGAGUUCUCACUCACUCUCUUGCUGGUUCGCUCCCUCAUUCGUCCAUUCAUUUACAAAAAAUGAUAACUCUCUUUAUCAACUUAACAAUUAAUGGUAAUACGUUAUAUUUACUUAAAUAACGAUGAUACCUACUAAAAUCCUCAGAUUACAGAUCCUGUAUUCAAAAUGGAAUUGAUUAAUAGCUUGUCGUUUUUGGUUUUGUUUAAUAUUAUCCUGGUUAAUUUGCUACAGAGGUGGAUAUCAAGACCUUUACUGAACUUUUUCAUUCAUUUUUUCCUUCCUUUUUCAUUCAUUCUUUCACUUGUUCCUCCAUUCCUUCAUUUAUUUAUUCAUUUUUGUUUCUGUCAAAUAUGCAUGUUCAAUAUUGUAAAUAAAGUUGCUUCAUAAUUUCCUUACCCCAUCUUAAUUUGUUCUUCUUAUUUUUGUGGUGACUAGGAAGGAAAUGAUCACAUCUGGUGUCCUGAAUUUAGUUGAUGACUGGAAGUUUUCAGGUGUUGUUCUUUCAAAGCACCCAAGAAGUGCAGAGACAUUUAGUCAUAGGUGAGAGCUGCAGCUUUUACAGCAAAUUCAUGGCAGUGUUGUGAUGGACUUUAGACUUAUUCCCCCAUUCUUAAUUGACUAGUAAAUGCUUUAGCUAGCAAGAGGCAAGACAAGGUACUUGCCUCGUCAAGGUUUUAAUUCAAAAUAAUGAUAAAAACAAAACAACAAACAAAUGAAAAAAGACAACAUUUAAUUGAGAAAAAAACCACCAGUUGAAUAAUAUUGAUUUUUCUGAAGAGAUACAUGUUCCUUAUGUCAAAAUCUAUUCUGAAAAUAACUUGUUAGCAUAAAAGCUUCUUGAUUUAAAAAAUUGUUGGUCUUGUGCAGCUAAUACCUUGGUGAUCACGGAUCUUGCCUCCUUUAUGCCACAAGUCUGCAUGAGCCCUAUGGCCCUGCUGGUGGAUGAUGAUGAUGAUGAUGUUCAGGAUGAGUGAUGAUAAUGUGAUCCAAAUUGAAGUGAAUACAUGAUCUGGUUUUUAUUUUAUAUUCAGGAGGUGGACAAUAGUUCAACUUGGGAAGCAUAAAGGACAGGGUGAAUUUAUCCAGAGUUAUUUAAGGACUGAGUUGGCUAUCACCCUUCGCGCUGCUGCGUGUUAUGCUGAUAACUACACUGCAUGGAGUCACAGGGCGUGGCUGGUGGAUCGAUUCAUGUAUGAUAAGAAAAAGGUAAUUUGAAUUCAUACAUGUCUAACACACAAACUUCUUCACCCUUUAAGCCCUAAUAGUGAUCAGCAUGAAAUUUCUCCUUGCAAUACAAAUGAUUUGUCAAACAGAGUGGUCAUGAGAAUUAUAGACAUGAUCACCCAAGAUGUUGAUGUUAGGGUUUGAAGGGUUAAGUACAUGAAACAUGUCCUAAGCAGGUAUGUAUGUCCUUAGUCUAAAUUUCAAAUACGUUUGUUUCGCAGUUUGGGAAGCAGGCCUGUACCUGUUGAUUUUUAACCCAUCUUUAUGUUGUUUGUGGCCAUUUAAUCUAGUCUUAUGUUGCUGUUUCAAGGCCAUGUUGCUUAUCAGAAUUUUACCCUAACAGGGCCUUGACCUUAUCCUGGGUUCUGGGAAUCAGCUGAGAUUUCUUAAUCAAUCAUUGAGUUUAAUUCAGAUUGAUCCACCUGAUUGAUAACUGAUUAUAAUCGGAAAGUAUCAUUAUAAAGGGUAAUAUUUCCCUUAGGACGACCACUGUACUGUGUUUUAGAACAAGACAAAAACAUAUGAAAUGUAUCAGAAAAUUAAAGGGACAUCAGUAGAUUUGACCAUGUUCGUCAUAGAGUUCCAGUAGCUCUGUGGUUAGAGCAUCCAGUCUAGAACUAGGGUGUCAUGACUUGGAUUCUCAUCUGGGGCUCAGAAUAUUUUCUGUGCUUUCAGGUGAUCAAAUUGAAAAGAUGGAACACACGUUUUUAGGUUCAGUUGCUAUUCUCCCAUCAUCUCACAAAAAUCAAAGGAGGCCUAGGAUGAUGAGUUGCUGUUCUUCCUUCUUUACUUCCCUACCCACCCCUCCCUGUCAAAUGAUACCCUUGUUUCCUUUUUUUUUGGAGUGAAAAGUUAUGAAUAUAUUUAUAUACAUUGUAGCUCUCUCUGAUUGCCAUAUCACACUGAGGAAGAAAAAUCCUUUAAAGAAGGGAAGUUCUAAGCUAAUAAUGAGUGAACCUUGGUUCCUCUUGUCUCUUCUGACUUAUACAUGCAUGUGGUCAUACAUCGUUCUUAGUUCAUUUAUGCUUUCUAUUUUUACCUCAGAAACUGUUUAGUGAACUUCAAGGCAUCAGAGCUUGGGCAGAGAGUCAUAUCUCUGAUAACUGCUGUUUCCAUCAUCGCCAGCUCCUCCAUAGACACCUUAAGAAUGUAUGGUAAGAAGGAAAACAGAGCGCUGAGUUACAGACAUCUUAUGAAAUGUUUGCAGUCAUUAAGUGUGUGCUUUAGUCAGUUACCUAAUAUAAACAGUGAACAUUUUUAAAGUAGUUUUUUUAAAUGGGCUUAGUUUGAAUACAAUUUAGCACUAUGAGAAAUUCUUACUAAAAGUAGAAAGUUAUCAGAGAUUUUAUCACAAUUUAUUGAUUUCAAUCAGGCUGAUGUCGUGAAUUUAGCAUUCUCUGUACGGUCAAACCACUUUAAUAUGGACACUGAGAAGGUCAUAGAAAGUGUCCAUAUAAGGGCUUAAAGGAGAAAGCAAACUGUCCGUAAUAAUGAGGUGUCCGUACUAAGCGGGUGUCCAUAAAGCAAGGUUUAACUGUAUAUGUGAAAGUGCUAAUCUUUCUUUCGUUACGCAUUUAUUAAAGAGAAAAAAAAAAGGUCCAAACACAAAAAGACAGUCAAAAAGGUCAAAAAAAUGUCCCAUUAGAAAAUCAGCUGUCAAGCACUUUUAUUAGUCUUUUUUAUAAUUUACGUAAUGUUUGAUAUGUAUUGUAUUGAACGAAUAAAGACAUUAUUAUAUUAUUAUUAUUAUUAUUAUUAUUAUUAUUAUUAUUAUUAUUAUUACUAUUAUUACAUGUAUUAUGAAAGAAAAAAGUCAAAUUGCAAUCUUUUGUUCAUGUCUGCUCUAGAUAACAAAUUACCUUGGAACUGAAGUUGGCAUAUUAAACACCUUCACUAUCCAUGCUCUCGUCCCAGAUGACUGGAUGCGACUUUUUUUCGAGCCAUGCGCUAUAGCCUGUGUACAGCUGCCUCCUCCCCUCAAACCAAAUCAGGGAGAGAGACGUCUGUAUCGUGCCGCUUUUAAUAUUGUGUUCCCGUGUACAUUUGCAUAUUUUUUUGUUUUACUCUGACACCUGAAAAUGUGGCGUGUUGACUACUCUUGAAAAAGACGUUCGCAGUUAUUUUAGAUUCGUUAGCUAGGCUCUAGCUAAAAUAUUUACUAGAUAAAAUGUCAUUAGUUAGUACUCUUUUCUUUACAAAGAGUAUAUUGUGCUUUGGAGGAUUCUAACACGUUCUUCUGUCAUAAAUGCACUAUAACCAUGCUCUUUGUUUGUUCUUUACGAACAAAUACUACAAGAGUUUAGGUUGCAACUCUCACUCGUUCCUGCAUUCCCUCAUCUUUUACAUGAAAAGUUUUAGGGUAUAAUUUGUAUUGAUAUUUAAUAUUGUGCAUCCUUCAUUUUGUAAUAUAUAGGCCUCAAACUCAUUUAUGUUUUAUUCAGUUCAAAAGGUGAGGUUGUUCAUUUACUGCUGUCAGAAGUGGAAUUCAUCACUGAUCUUAUUUUAACUUUUCCUGGACAUGAAGUUUUGUGGUAUCAUAGGUGAGAUUUUUAUCUUCUUUAUUUUAGAAAUUUGACGCCCGCUUCAGUCGUUUCUAAUUUACGUUGACUCGUUUCUGCUAACUUUGGCCCUACAAACAAGUCGGGGAUUGUUAUUUAUGUUGGGGUGAAGUUCCACUGUCGCGUAGUUUUUACGUGCGUUAGUAAAAUCGACUAAAAUAAUAUAAAAGCGUACCGGCGAGCGUAAAAAGUACGCAACAGUGGAAAUCCUUCUUCACAGAAUAUAGCUGGUUCGCGGAGUUUUUAAUAAAUCGAAAUAAACUUCCAACCACAGACAUGUCCCUUAGUAAUUUGAUAGUAAAGUGCCUUUUAUCAUGUUUUAUGGUUGAACAUGAUUUUCAGUGCUGGAGCAUUGAAGACUCGUUUAUGAGAGAGGAGCUACAUAUACAACUGUACAAAAUAUUUCUUAAGCGGAAAUUCUUUCAACUGAAUUCCUUCCCUUGUAAAAUUUGGGUCAAAAAAGUGUUUUUUUUUCCUUCACAGACGAUUCGUAUAUCACAUUUGGAACCAUUGGUUUGCAGAUGUUGGUCCGCAGACCGUUAGGGAAAUAGCAAACAGUCCAGAAAGAAAUGGGGAUUGUAAUACAGAUAAUAUCAACAGAACUUCAAGACGAACUUCACCAUCUAUCAUUCCUUCGUUACUUGAGCUGGCUAGCAGCUCUUUUAAGAUAUUAACAGAGUCAAAGUCAAGGUCAAGACUCAAGACACCUAUAACAGAUGGCACGUUUUUACCUCUUUCUACCCCCUCUGAGUUCAAGUUUUGCGACGGUGUCAUUGCUGAGUGUAAAGGGCCCGAGGGGGAGGUACAACGGAGUUGUGCAUUAAAUUACAAACGGUGGUUGUUGAUAAGAAGUACUCCUCAUCAGUUGAACUGCAAUGGGGCUGCUUUCACACCUAAAGUAGUAAAAGAGCCUGGAUUAUCGUAG